AUGAGUAACCUCCGAUCUCGCCGAAUCGACGAAAUUUUAGAAGACGUCGUGAUUUGGCGAUUUGUGGCCAGUCGAAUUCGAACGCCUGAUAGAAAACUUCGCCCGUUUGUCGAUGGCGAUGCCACGUGGCAAGAAUUCAAAAAAUCGCACAAAGGAUUUCCGAAAUCGGCUGAGUACUAUGCUAAAAAGUUCGACAGCGUUUUGGCUCCGAAUUUGGAAUUCGCGUCAUUUGAAGAUCGUCAAAAACUCGACUUGUUCUGGGCACUGGGUAUGCCAAUUACAAAAAAUUUCUUGAAAAGAGUCCAAGACGAGUAUCAAGUGACUUGCGACGCGAAUUGGUAUAUCACCAGCUACAAGAACAUGGGAGAGCAUGAGCAAUGGGUGGAAACUUCUGGAAAAGGAGCGGAAGAAAAAUCGAUAAACAGUCGAGAAAUGUGGAAAUUUCUGUCGUCGGUGAUUCGAGAUCCGGUCACAAAGCUGAGCAAUCGGUAUACGGUAUCUCCUGACUCGUGGAUUGAACUAUAUUCGAAAAAAUCGUUGGCCGCUCAUGAGCACUUUUUGAAUGAAAUGGCUCCGAAUUUGCACAUGGAACCGUUCGAGAUGCACAAAAAAAUCGAUUUGUACUGGGCGCUCGGAAUCGUGGUGAAUAAGAAAUAUUUGAGAAAAUUACACAAACACUACGAUUUGACGAUGGGUCGGAAAGGCGUGAUUCUGGUGUACUCUAAGAAGACGUCAGAUUCAGAAACUCCGAAAACAUCGAAAAAGCGACGAAUCGAUAAUCGAUUAGAAAAUUCUGGAGAUGUCGAUCCAGACGACGGUUUCCACUCAACUCUCUCAUCAAAACUUCAUCUUUCGAAAAUCAACGUUCACGACAAAAUCGCGCUCUACUGGUCACUCGAAAUUCCAAUCAAUCGGCAGUUUAUUGAAAAAAUGGAACGUCAAUAUGAAUUCAAAAUUUCGUCACAAGGAGUGUUGAUAAAUUACACUCGAAAAUCACAAGGAGAUCGGAGGAAUUGGUGGCCGAAACCGUCGGUAAUAUGGGAUUUUGUACUGGAAAAAUCGAUAAAUUCGUGUGGAAUAUUGAUUGCGGGUACUGUAGAUGUGAAGAGUGUCGAUUUUUGGAAAAAGUUCAAUUCGAAAUUCAAUAUCAACAAAAAUCCGAUGGAAAUAUGCAGACAUUUCAACACCGAUUUGAUACCAACCUUGGAGGACGAGCGAUUGCCAUUGGAGAAGAAAUUAUCGAUAUUUCAUGCGCUGCAAAUUCCAAUGAAGCCUGCAUUUUUGAGAAAAUGUCAAAAAUUUGCUAAAAUCAAAGUUUGCAUCUCUACUGGGACCAUAAAGUCAUUCGGAAUGCUCAAAAAUGCGCCGGUUAUCGAUAAAGAGGAGAGUUUUUCAAAUGAUUUCGACGGAUUUUCGCAAUAUUCAAUUUCCGUACCUGACGUCGCCGGCUGCUCAGAUUCACCUUCAUCGUCUGGAACCGAGUUCUUGAGCAUCCAAAAUCGAGAAUUUUCGGAAAAUUCGAAAACGUCGUGUGGCAUUCCAGGCUCAGAAUUCUUGGAGGCGUUGGGCGUUAUCGGUGGAGCAGAAUUGAGGAAAGAGUAUGAGAGUUUGAACGAUAAGACAAUCCCCAUCGCUAUGGUCGAGGAACUGUUCCAGAAUGCUCUCGAUGCUGUAUAA